AUGUUUACCGGAAGGCAUCGUGUCUAUUGGAAAGCUUCGGUUCCUGCCAUGGGGUUGCAAACGUAUUAUGUUGCAAACGGUUUUGUUGGAUGCGAAAAGGCCAAACCAACAAGACUCAAAAUUUUCACGUCAUCCAGCAAUCUAUCGUGCCUUGCUCCAUAUGCAUGCUCAAAUUUAGAAGGCGACACAGCUGAAAUCCGGAAUCGGCAUCAAAAACUUACCUUCAAUGUAAAGCUUGGUUUGUUGCAAAAAAUAGGCCGCAAUGAUGGUUCACAAAAUGUUGUUGGUGAAGAAAUAGGUGUGUACUCUAGUUCAGGAAGUGGAGCCUAUCUAUUCAAGCCCGUUGGUGAUGCUGAGCCAAUUACCCAUGCUGGUGGGCAAAUGGUGAUUUCAGAGGGCCCUUUGAUGCAAGAAGUUUAUUCAAUGGCUGGGGAGGGAUGGACUGUCAUGCUUUCCGCUGAUGAAGGAAAAGUCAUAGAGGUGAAGGGAGGAGAAGAGAGAAGAUGA